UUGAACUCGAAUGCUUUCAAAUGUAAACAAAGCAACGUGUAUUUGAAUGGUUGUCACAGGGAAGGAAUUGCCAUUUAUUUCCCUAUGUAUAUAGUGUCAUAGUGUCUGUAUGACAACAUAAACUAUUUUUUACCAAACCCUUUACAGACCCCCAAACUUCACCAUGGCAUCGCUCACAAAUUCAGGGUUAGACGUCAUAGAACGCACCUUGGAGAAGGAUGUUGCCCAAGAAUCUACAGAGAAUUUAGAAGACGUGUAUGAAGUAUCUCGGUGUGUCAAGUGGAUCCAAGACGGAGGUUAUAAGAAAGUUGGACUCCAAUUUCCCGAUGAAUUGAUUGUGGAUGCACCAGCAGUUGCAAGAACGCUUAGUGCAGCAUUGGGUUUUAAUGUUUAUAUUUUGGGUGAUACAACAUAUGGAAGUUGCUGUGUGGAUGAGGUGGCUGCAGAGCAUGUUGGGGCAGACUCCAUUGUGCACUUUGGUCGAAGUUGCCUGAGCCCUUCACGAAGGCUACCUGUCCUAUACAUCUUCACCAGAUUACCUGUCAAUAUACCUCUUGUGGUGGACUCUCUCCAGGUUGCCAUACAAGAAACAGACGCAAAAUUAGUAUUAGUCUAUGAUACACGGUGUCACCAUGCAGCAGGGGAGGCAGCAAGAGCAUUGCAAGAAAAAUUUCCUAAGCUAGUGCCGUCCAUGCUCCUUCUCAACCAAUUAUAUAUCUCAAGCAGUCUCUGUGCAAACGACAAAACACCUCUGGAGAAUCACACAUGCUCUAAUGGCGUUGACAUAAAUGGUGAAGAAGAAAAAGGAGAGUCUAAUGACUUUGUGUUCUGUGGCCGGAGUGUAUGCUUACCUGAUGGAGAAGAGAUGAAAGACUAUCAUUUUAUAUACCUUGGUCCAAGAGGACCCACUGUGACUUGCCUGUGCAUGAAGUUCUCAGAGAGCACCUUCUACUGCGUUGAUCCAAGUAGUGGCGAGGUCACAGUAACCUCCGGGCUUCGCUCAGUAAUGAGUAGAAGCAACAAGCUAGAGAUGAUAAAGGAUGCAGAAAUUAUAGGCAUUUUAGUGGGCACAUUAGGGGUGGCCGACUAUCGUGAGAUCAUAUCCCGGUUAAAGGCCGUUGUCCGAGCUGCAGGAAAGAGGUCCUACACCUUUGUGGUGGGAAAACCCAAUGAGCCCAAGCUGGCUAAUAUCUCUGAGGUAGAUGUUUUUGCAUAUGUGGCAUGUCCUGAGACCUCCAUUGUGGAGCGUAGUGUUGACCCAGCUCUCUACAGGAAGCUGGUCACACCCUGGGAGCUAGAAGUGGCACUCCUUAAUCAACAAGAGUGGGAUCUGCACUUUGAGGCUGACUUCAGGCAGCUCCUACCUGGGGGGUUGCGGCAUGUGGAGGCAGCAGGCGAGAGAAGGGAGGAAGAGGUUAAUGUAUCACUCAUCACCAACAGGGCACAGAGGCUGGGCAUGAGAGACAAUGAAGAACCAGUAUUGGACAGCAUCACAGGUGCAGUGCAGGUGAGGGACAACUUGACUCUGGCAUCUCUACAUGUGGGUGGAGGUGGCCAGGCACUCAAGGACAGGACCUGGCAGGGCCUCGACCCCAACAUGACCCCUCCAUCUGCCACGGGCACUAUAGUGGAGGGACGAAAAGGUAUUGCAGCUAGCUAUCAGGAUGAAACCCCAGCAGAGAGCUAAGAGGAAAUGAAUGAGUGAAAGUCCGUAAUGCAAAGAUAUGAGUGAAUUAAUGAAUGAGUGAUAAUUAGUAAUGAUACUCGGAAAUAAAUAAAUGAGGGAAUGAAUGACAGUAGAUAGUAAAUCUUCAGAUCAAAAUGAAUAAAUGGUACUGGAUGGUAUAUAGUCAUAAAGAAUGAUCAGUUAAUAAAUAAAACAAUUGUAAAUGAAUUGAUUAUUAUAGUUACUUUAUGAUAUUCCCAUUUUACAUUCAGAGUGAAUGUAAUGCAUAUUCAUUCUGGUUGCCUAAUGUAAAUAAUGUUAAUAAAUUAUUGUUGUUA